AUGAUGAGUCGCAGAAGAGCCAGUAGAAGUCCUGAAGCUGACCGAUCGGGUGAAGGAAAGCCAGAGGAGGAGAUGCUUGGGCCAACUGGGAGACCUGUGAGUUAUGGACCUCAAAACCCCCAACUUUUGGAACUUGAAGAUGAAAAGAAAGACGUAGAGAAUGAAGAACCCAAAAAGGAGCUAGAGCCGCUGUUCACCGAAGAACAAGUGAGACAGUUUGAAGAACUGCACAGCAGAGCACCUCUGUUGUAUGGAACUCCACAGAGGACGCAGCUAGGAAUAGAGGAUGAAGCCAGAUCUUCAGGUCUAGCUUUUGAAGAUGUGCAGUUGGAAAGACCGAAGUUUCUACCUGCCGAAAGACCUGCAGCGAUGCCUGCUGGUACGCCCUCAGUGAUUUAUCAGCAGCAGAUGAUGCAGUACUUCUUCAUGUUGCAGCAUGAGAACUUGCAGCUGAAGAUGGAACAGGAGUUGUUGAAAGAGAAGCUGAGGGAGAAUGAAGAAAGAAGGGCAUCAGAAGUGGAGGUGCCAAAUGGCGAAGGAGGAAGAAAAGCUAAGCCUGAAGUGGAAGGGUUUCAGACUCCGGAAAGCCAACAGCAAGGAGGUCGUGCAGCCGAAGACCGGGUGGUGAAGACAGAGAAUGACCUGGAAUCUGACAGGAGAAGGCUGUACGAUUUGACGCCAAUGGAGCAGUAUGAUGAACUGCAAAAGAUGAUGGAUACUGCGGUGGGUUCAGUGAAGAAGCCACAUCCUGGACGAGACCUUCGGGGACCUCUAGAAUCUCAUCAACCUUCAGAAGGAGCACGACAGAAAGAAAGGGAAGUUCCGAAGAAGGAAGCAGGUGAGAAGGGGACCGGAGGAGAUGCCAGGAAGAACCAAGGAAAUACUUUGGAGCCAGCUGAUGAUGGAAGAAUGCAGAGGCAGGUUGAUGUCCUGUCUAAGAUGAUGUUGCACCUUCUGGAAAGUCAGCAAGGUAAAAAUGAUGGAGAAAAGAUGGAAGCGGUCAAACCUGGAGUGAACAAGUUGCAGACUCCUCAGGAGCCGACCGAAACGGCCCCCAUUGACUAUGCUGACUGGUUGACCAUGAUAGAGCCGGUGAUGACGGAUCUGUCUGACAGUUCGCACGUUUGGUGGCGACUUGUAAUGGAUGAAUGCAGCGAAUGGUACUCUGAGUAUGUGAAGCUUCGACCACUUCAAAGAACGAGCUUUCAGAUCGAGGCCUCUGAAGAACUGAAGAAGACGAAGUGGGUUCGAGUGGAACGCCGAGCUGUUUCCAUGCUCAUGGAUGCCAUACCCACCGGAGUGAGAGAGGAGCUUGUUUCUACCAAAUCACUUUCUCCAGUGAAGGUGAUUGCCAAGUUGAUGAACAUCUACCAGCCUGGUGGACUACAUGAACGAACUGUGAUUCUUCGUCCGUUGGAAGAGCCUGGCGAAGCUGGAAACGCAGUGACUGGAGUUCAAAGUCUUCGGAAGUGGUUGCGGUGGUUGAGACGAGCCCAGGAUGUCGGGUUAUGCUUACCCGAUUCCGCUAUACUGUUGCGUGGCCUGACCAAGUUGAUGAAGAAGACGUACUCUGAACACCUGCUGUCGGAACUGGAGAAACUGGUGCACUUGGAGAAAAGGUCAAAGGUGAAGCAGUUGAAUGCCGCAAGCAGUGGGAGCACGGAGGACAAGAAUGUGAAAAAGAAUGUGAAGGAAUGCAAGUUCUUCCAUCAGGACAUUCAGAAAGAUCCAAAGGUGCAGAAAGUGGAAAAGGAGGCUGAGACCCCCAACAAAACCGCCAAUAAGAGCCCUGCCCCUGCUGAGGCCCCAGCAGUGGCAACAAAGGAGGCUGAGACCACCAAAGAAAAAGUUGCUAGUGUUGGAGGAGACUCUCUGCGAAGCGUCAUGGAAGAAGCUUCGAAAAUGCUGAAGAGCAUGGGAGUUGAAGAAAAGCCUACAAAGGCCAGGGAAGAAAUGACCAAAGGACGGAUGCUGGAGCUACAGAAGGAGUUGCAACAGAUUCAGGACGGAUCGUGGAAGCCUAGAGUCAAUAUGAUGAGGACUGCCAUGGUUGCCCGAGUCAAGUCCGGCAAAAAAGCAUUGCUGGAUACUGGAGCCACUCAUGCUCUGAGGUCCAGGAGGAGUGAUGAGAACCUGGUUGAGGGCGAAGAGUACAAGAGGGUGAGAGUGAACCUUGACAACCUAGUGGAAGUGCCGGCUGAAGACCUUUCUCUUUCGAAGGCCAACAGAAGGACCAGGAGACGAUGGAUUGAACAAGGGGUCACUGUACAUUUGUAUGCCGGGCCAGAAGAAGGCCUGACUCUGAAGAGAGCCUACUUGGAAAAGGGAGGUGAUGGCACGAGGUUGAUUGAAAUAGACGUGAAGAGAGGAGCACAUCAUGACAUGUUGAAAAUUGGAGGGAUGUACAGCACCCUCCUCAAGCUGGCGAUGCUAGGAGCCAUUGAUGCAGUGGUUGGUGGCCCAAAUUGCCGUACACGUUCAGUGCUGCGACACACUCCAAGAGAAGGCUUCCCAGGACCAUCGAGGACAGCGGGAUACCCUUGGGGACUUCCAGAUGCUCCCCCUGAAGAACAAGGAAAGUUGUUGCAGGAUGACGCACUGAUGCUGAGGAUGUUGACCCUGUACAUGGUUGCACAGAUAGCGAGAGAUGCAAGGGUGAAAGAAAGAAGCAAGAGGUAUUUGAAGGCCAAGGUUGGAUUUCUGUUGGAGCAGCCAGCGGCACCAGAGUGGUGUCCAGAAUGCGCUUCGUGGUGGAGAAAUCGAACAUGGUUGCUGUUCAAGCACUACUACCAGAUGGAAGAAGUGACGUGGGCUCCUGGGAUGAUGCAUGAAGUUGCAAGGCUUUUGAUAGAGGAAGUGGAAGGAAAAGAGGUUCGACUGAAGAAGCUGUCGUGGACUGCCCACGUUGACAAUGGGCAUGUGCCGUUUCGGCGCGAUUGUUUGCCAGAGAUCAGCAGCAAGACAGAGGACGUGGAUGGUGAAGAGAAGAAGUACCUUUUGGUCGGCUCCUACACGUGGCCAGUGGAAGGUAAGGAAUCUGAUGAGAGCUUGGGGAUGUUGGAAGAAGAGACAGCCGAAGAUGAGGAAAUGCUUCUGGUUUUGGAAGAUGAAGAAGCAGAGCGAAGGGAAGCAUCGGCAUCUUCUUCUUCGUCGUCCAAGAAAGAGGUUCAAGCAGAGAGUUUACCUUCAAGACCAGCAUCAAAGAAGAAAAGGGAGGAAGAGAAGCCUCCUGAAGAUGCAGAAAGUGUGGAGGAGAAGGCUGAAGAAGGGAAGUUGGAAGAAAAGUUGAAGACAAAAGGAAUGUUGAAGCUGAUGACAUGCGUGCCAUUAGCCUCAAAGCAUGCGCUGGAUGUUUUGUCAGGAGUCCAGGAAUUGGUGGUGAAGCUCAGAAGGUAUGGCUACCCAGUCGCACGUCUGCACACGGACUAUGAAACAACCUUUGUCAACAAGCACUUGAAGGGAUGGUGCCUGAACCGAGGAAUUGUGAGGACAUCGUCCACCCCAGAAGAACACCAACAAAAUGGAAGAGCAGAAGCUGCAAUAGCUUCUAUCAAGGGAAGGGUGCGACGUCUCUUGCACUCCUCUGGUAUGGAGACGAAGUGGUGGCCGAUUGCAGCACGACACGUGGUAGAGCUGGAGAGAAGAAGGUUUGAAAAAAAUGAGGAUAAGCUGCCAAGGUUUGGACAGAAGAUCGUUACAAGAAAGCGAAAAUGGAAAAGAGGAGAUGAGUUUGAAACUACAGCGCAAGAAGUCACUUACCUGACUCCAAUUCCAGAAGUUUCGAAAGGACAUGCGGUUAUGGAAGAAGAUGGGAGCUUCAAGGUAGUGAGCUGCUUGAUCAAAGACUGCAAAGAGCCACAGGAGGAGGAAAAGAAGGUAGAGUUAGAAGAAGUGAUUCAAGAAAGGGAUCCCAUGGAAGCACGAAGAAGACUGAGGAAAAAGAUGUCAGUAGCUUCUUUGAGGAUUCCAGAAGAAGAAUUUGCAGAAAGUAUCAAGCUGUUCCAGGCAGUUUUGGAGCAGGAUGAAGCGAUGUACAACGAAGACGAAGAGGUCAUUCCGGCAGUGAUGAAAGGGAUGAUUGCCAUCAGAAAGGAAACGGCUGCACUGCAAGAGGGCAGACUUGAAGAAGAGGUGUUACAGACAAGGGUAGUUUCCAACCAGGAAGUGUACCAAAACAAAGAUGAGUGGGUUGGAGCUAUCAGAAAAGAGAUCGACAAUCUGGUGCAGAAAGGAGCAGUCAAGAGGCUGACCAAAGAGGAAGCUGCGUACUACAAGAGAGAGCAUGCAGACAAGUUGGAGGUGGUGCCAGGGAAAGCAGUACACACGGUAAAAGCGCCAGACGGAAGAAAGAAAUGCCGCCUGGUGGUGUGUGGAAACCACCUUCAAGGAGGAGAUAAAAAAGAAACCAAAGAGGAACAUGCCAACUACUAUGCAGGAGGGGCAGACACAAUCUGCCUGCGAUUUGCACUGUCCAUGGCAGCACGCUAUGGAUGGGACAUUGCAGGUUUAGAUGUGGUUGCAGCGUUUUUGAACGCGCAGCUGGGAGAUGUGCAUGAGAAACCACAACCAAGAGAAGAUCCAACCAGAGGCAGAAGCCGCAUUGUGUUGAUGCAACCACCGCGGGUUCUGGAAAGACUGGGCUUGGUCGAAGUUGGAGAACUUUGGCUAGUGGAACGUGCUCUCUAUGGACUGAGAGAGUCGCCUCGGUUGUGGAGUGAUCACAGAGAUGGAACACUGCAUGGCAUGGAGAUACAACAAGGAGGCAGGAUGUUGAAGUUGCUGCCGAGUUUUGCAGAAGAAAACCUUUGGCUGAUCAAUGAUCAAGGAUACCAGUCUUAG